AUGCUGGUCACUCACGUCCCGCGGCGUGCGCGCCUGCAGAGCGUCGCCCCUUCAAAGACGAGGAGAGGCUUCCUCUCUUCUUCUUCUUCUUCUCUCCUGUCUCCGCUCUCUCCUUCCCUCCCUUCUUCUUCUUCUGCAGAUGGAGGUCGACCUGCUCGGCCUCUGCUGCGUCUCUCCGCCCCCUCCUCGUCCGUCGCGUUGUCUGCUUCUUCUGUCCCUUCUCCUUUCUCUUCGCUUUCUUCUCCUUCUUCUCUCUCUUCUUUUUCUCUUCCGGGAGGGAAGGAGGUCCGGCGCUUCAUUGGCGUGAUGGCUUCGCUGUCGUCAGGGCAAAUGACCACGCGGGAGUACGAAGAGGCCUUCUUGCCAAGGCGCCUCAAGCGCAUCAAGGUCUUCAGUUCGCCUCCUCCGAGUGAACUCCCUGCGCACUUCCACAAGCGCCUUGACCACGCGUACUCCAACCCGCGCUCUAUCCUCAAGUUGUAUCGGCAAUACAUGAGGAAGGACGACCAGCCUGCUUACGACUGGCUCGUGCGCUGCUUCUGUCAGCUUGGAAACACCUUCGGGUUUAAUUCUUUCUGGGCGACGAAAGACAAGCAGGUGAUCCACGCACUGCCGAGCUUCAAAUUCCUCGUCUACGAUUUGAUCGAGCGGAAGCACCUUAUUCAGCCGCAGCAAGUUCCUCGCUUGCUCUAUGCUCUGGCGUGCCUGGAGUACCGCUCUUGGCACCUGCUGCCCACGCUGCUGGAGCACGUGGAGGCGAACUUGCAGAAGUGGAGAACGCCUACCCUCGCGAACUUGGCGCUUACACUCUCGCUGAUGGGUGUCGGCGACGACAAGCCGGACACCAACCAGUUCGGCCCGCCGGACUUGCUCUCGCGCGACUACUCGGGCUUGGUCUCGAAGAUUGCUCUCGAGGUGCAUCGGCGCCUCGCCUCUGUUUCGGAGGCGGAUUCCUCUUCUCCUUCGUCCGCGAGCGAGUUCUUGGAAGAGCCGCGAAAGAGUCCGCUGCACGACGCCUUCGGCUGCGUGCCGUUCGACUACGCGGGUCUCGCCUUCGCGCUCACGCUGCAGGGGAGCUACGACGUACACCUGCCUUCGCAAGACGAGACGAGUUCUUCCUCGCUUGCGCUUUUCCUCCAACGCGCAUGCCAGCCUCUGUCCUUGGAGCAACUCGAGAGCAGCGGCUGGAUUCAGUUUUUCCUUUACCAAGUCCUCUACUGCGUCGACGUGGAGAGGCCCGCGAGGGAGACCGAAAUCAAGAAAGCAGUCCCCUUCCCCUUCCAGCGGCAGCUUCAUCUCUCUUGGCUUGACAAAAUUCUGAUCAACGCGCAGCCGCAGGGCAGCGAGAUGCUCCAGCUGGACGUCGACGCCGCCCUCAAGAGGCUCUUCGUCUCUGACGCGCUGAUCAACUGCUCCGCGGGCCGUCCCUGGGAUGAGCAGCACUGCUGGUUCGCUGGACACCUCAUUCGCUCGAGAAAACUCGCCCUCGAAUACGACUACCUGCUUCCGCUCGGCCCUGGCAGACCGAAGAUGUCAGGCUGGCUGGCGUGCAAACGCAGAAUUUUCAAGGCCUUCGGCCUCAACGUCGCGACGAUUCAUCGGUGUUUCUGGUCACUUCUGAGCCUGGAACAGAAGGACGUCCAGCUGACGCGGUUGCUCGCGCAGUUCCCGCCGGUCCUCGAGGCCGUCAAAGACGAGAAACCGGCGUACGAGGAAGACAAAAACCUCCGCUUCAAACGGCACGCGCGGCAGAAAUUCGAGAGCUGGCCGCCAGAGAAAAUCGAAAUCUAG